CCUUUCCCACGUGCUCACUGUGUCCGAUUCGAUAUGGUCGUCCACGUGUCCUUCUUCAUCUUCUAUAUCAACCUACACCUACACAUACACCUAUACCACCCUACACCCAAUCCCUACCCCUUUGUCGGUUUCUUCUACUUCCCCACCGGAAUUUUAUUAUGGAUACCCAAAUUCAGGCCAACUACAACUAUAUGGGCCGGAAUUUCAGUAAUAUCAGCCUCACAAACGACGAUUCUGCAGCUUUCAGCGAUUGUAACAGUGACCGUUCCGGUGAAUUUCCGACUACAUCGGCUCAGAGCAAGCGUCUGGUCCUCGCAUGUGCCACAGAGAUGUCCGAUGAUCUAAUUCAACAGCUGGUGACCGAUCUUGAAUCGGAUUCGAUUGAAGAUCAGAAACAAGCGGCGAUGGAACUCCGGUUGCUUGCGAAGAACAGGCCGGAAAAUCGAGUUAAGAUAGCUAGGGCCGGCGCAAUCAGGCCGUUGAUUUCGUUAAUCUCGUCGUCUGAUCCACAACUCCAAGAGCACGGUGUUACGGCGAUUUUGAAUCUGUCACUGUGUGAUGAAAACAAAGAGCUUCUAGCUUCUUCUGGAGCAAUCAGGCCGUUGGUUAGAGCGUUGAAGGUCGGAACACCGACGGGAAAGGAAAACGCGGCGUGCGCUCUCCUCCGUUUAUCUCAAUUAGAAGAAAACAAAACGGCAAUCGGACGGUCAGGAGCGAUUCCUUUACUGGUAGACCUUUUGGAAACCGGAAACUUUCGAGGUAAGAAAGACGCAUCAACGGCGUUGUAUUCUUUGUGUUCGGUGAAAGAGAACAAGAUUCGAGCGGUUCAGGCAGGAAUCAUGAAGCCGUUGGUUGAAUUAAUGGCGGAUUUCGAGUCAAACAUGGUUGAUAAAUCAGCAUUUGUGAUGAGCGUUUUGGCAUCGUUGCCGGAGGCCAGGGCUGCGCUGGUGGAGGAAGGUGGAAUUCCGGUGUUGGUGGAGAUAAUUGAGGUCGGAUCACAGAGGCAGAAGGAGAUCGCGGUGGUGAUCCUGUUGCAGUUGUGUGAUGAUAGUGUGGUCUACCGUACUAUGGUGGCCCGCGAAGGAGCCAUUCCUCCCCUCGUUGCGUUGUCUCAAUCCGGUACAAAGCGCGCUAAACAAAAGGCGGAGGCAUUGAUUGAGCUUCUCCGGCGACCAAGAUCCGGCAACGCAGCUGCCACAUCGGAUUCAUCAGAGUAAGAUGUUCCACGUCACCAAACAGCCAAAAACAUUAAAACAGAAAUGCUUUUCAGAAAUAUAUAUUUUUAAAAAAAAGGGAAGAGUUUCUUUUUUGGAAUUUGUAAAUAUUUGAUGGUAUCCGCCACUGCGUUUGUAAAUUGGUGAAAGAAAUACCUGUUUUCCUUUUUCCUCUUUUUGGUUUUAUUAUUUUCAAUUGAAAGCAUUCUGUGA